CUUGGGGGCCUGAAGUGCAUUCCUCAACAUCCUCAUCAUGCCGCCGACAAAGGAGUCCCCCGUGAUCGCGACAAGCGGGAUCGUCGAAGCGGCACCGACCGCUGCCAUCAGCGGGGAUUUUACCGUGGCGAAGAAGCUCGCGAUCGACCUGAUUGCAGCGUCCACCGCGUCGCUGUUUGUGUCGCCCAUCAUCACCACCAUCGACAGAGCCAUCAUGGAAAAUGCCAGUGGGAAACGCGUGUUAGCACAGGGACUUCGAGAGAUCUCCCUCGACUUUGUGCGUAACCCCAUCUCGUUCAUCAAGCGAAAGGACUUUCUCCUCAUUUACAGCCUCUACAUCGCCACGUAUGGUACCGCCAACGUCAUCGAUACGGUUAGCGAGUAUGCUCAGACCGACGGCCGCGCCGCCAAGUUUGUGGGCACGACAGCCGUCAACGUGACGUUGUGUGUCGCGAAGGACAGAGAGUUCGCCCGCAUGUUUGGGGUCAUCGCCCCCACCAAGUUUCCCAUCGUGUCCCUCGGUCUGUUUGCCGCUCGCGAUGCCUUGUCAGUUGGCGCCACGUUCAUCGCGCCGCCCAUCAUCUCGAAGUACUUUGAAAAGGCUGGUAUGGACAAGACUGCCGCGAGCUCCACAGCGCUCCUCAUGUGCCCAUCGUUGGUCCAAUUCGUGUCGACGCCGCUGCACCUUUUGAGUUUGGACAUCUACAACCACCGUGAAUCGACUUUCAAGAAUCGGGCAGCGUUCGUCUCGCGGGAAUAUAUCCGCUCGGCCACUGCCCGCAUCAGCCGCACGAUCCCUGCCUUUGGCUUGGGAGGUAUUGGCAACAAACACUUGCGCGAAAACUUGACUGCAAAGUUGCUAUGAGUUCACCGCUCGCCCCCCGACUUCUCACUAUUUCCUUGCCUAAUCAAAAGUGUGUCCACACCAACAGUGUACUGAAACACACCGUGGGAGCGUCAAGAUGUGGCCGAAAAUAAGCCCCGUCCACGUCAUCCUUGCCAACGCUGGCACGCCAUCUCGGCUAUCCUGCGCCAUGUUGUGCGAUUUUGUGCCUCAGCAUGUACUAGUUGCCACAAUCAUCUACACCAAACGAAGAGAUCCACAACCGUCAGCAUGCAACCCAAACAAACACAGCACGGCUCGGUAGUUUUCUCACGAGAACGGCAUCAUGGCCGCGACAUGCACUUGCGCUCCACAAGCGCUCGUCGCGUGGUCGUACAGCGGGAAUAAAACCUACGUUUUUCUUAAAACCCA